AUGAAGUCGGCCUCCAAGAUCUCGAGCCGGAGGUCCCGGGGAGAGCUCAACAGCUUCUUCCAGUCUCUCCACUCGUCCGUCAGCAGCGCCCCCAUCGACGAUGGCCUGAGCCAUGCGGCGAGGGCAACAGAGAGCGAGCUUUCCAAGAGCAUAGACCAGCUUGCCUCUCUUGCUCACAGCUCGACGACCUCCAAGGAUCUGGCUGCCGAGAUGAAGAAUGCCCUGAAUGCCGUGCGGGACCUGCGCAGUCAGCUGGACAGGAAGGGGAGCAGGGAGAAGAGAAGCUGGGCGAAUCACAGGCACACGAUCAAGCAUGCUGCCCAGUUCCCGAGCUCUGCGGCGAACGCGAUCCAGAAGAAGUUAGCACAGGUCAGGAUCAAGUCUGAUGACAAGGACCUGGACGUCUUUGACUUGAAGGGAGACGAUGACAAGCAAGCUCGUGAGGAGCUGAGCAAGAUGAUUGUCACCGCAAGGAGAUUGACGAAAGAAGUCUCUGCCAUCGCUGAGGGAUCUCGGGUUCCUGGGAUCAAAUCAAGCGUCCUCGGAGUUCUGCGAUCGGCCAAGGCUGUUGAAGAGGCCAAGGGCAAGGAGAGUGAUGCCCGUGACAAGAUCGUUGCACACGAGUUGGCAGUGAGGAGGAAGAAGCUGAUGGAAGCAGAGGCAGAGGAGAAGGCGGCGGCGCGGGCAGCCAAGGAGGCGUUUGAGGCGGAGAAGAUCGCCCAGGAGAAGCACUCUGAAGCCUCCAAGGACCUGGAGCUUGCGGAGGAGAGGAGGAAGGCUGCACGGAGAGCACGGGCAAUCAUAGCAGAGGGAAACAUCAAGAGGGAGAAGAGCGAUAGGAAAGUAGAGGAGCCAGCGAGCAGAACGCAGGCGAAGCAAGUGAGGCACGCGAAGACUCGAGAGCAUCCCGCCUCUGAUGACGUCAUCCUCAACGACAACGACACGGGUUACGAGGAUUCCAAGACGGCAGUUGCUCGCCAGUGCACGGACACCAUCGCCAAGUAUGGCUGCAGCUCUCUGCUCAAAGACAGCCCUUGCCUGUCCUUCUGCCGGGGCGCCGAGCAUGGCGCGUCUUUGAGGAACUCAUACGUCGAUGAUGUAUACGGCACUCCGUAUGACCCGUCGACGUACGAGCAUGAUCGCCACGGAUUCUUUGCCAGGAAGGAUGGGGAGCAGUCAGGAGACAUCCUGUCCAACGGGCAUGACUAUAGGAGGGUCGUCAGGAGCGAGGGGAUGAACUCCCUUUCUCGAGUUCUUGCCGGCGAGAAGAGGAUGCAGCAGAAGCUGCAGAGCUCUCUUGAGCAGGAGCAAGCUGAAAACAUCGCGCUCAGGAAGCAGGUCAAGGAUCAGGAGUCGUCCCUUAGGAGCCUCUCCAAGAGCCUCUCAUACAGGUCGGGCUACGUGCCGCAGGACGGCAGAACCCCUCCGGGGCAGUCCAUUCGUGACCUCCCGGACACUCCUCCCCUUCCCGAGUACAAGCAAGUCGGGAGGCAACAGGAGCUUGCUGAGGUGUUUUCUCGGGCCAAGGGGGGGGGAUUGAUCUUGCACAACGCUGAAUUCAUCAACAAGAACAAGGAUUUGCAUGACCCUAUGAGGCCCAUGUAG